AUGACGUUAUCGACUAUUUCGGAUGAAGCAGAAGCAUUAAAAGAAGAAGCUAACAAAUUUUUCAAAGAUGGGGACUAUGAAAAAGCCAUCGAUGCAUACACGAAGGCGAUAGAAAUUCGGGAGACUGCUGUUUAUUUGGCCAACAGGAGCCUCGCUUAUCUUCGUACAGAGUGUUUUGGCUAUGCCUUGGAUGAUGCUUCUAAAGCUAUAUCUUUGGAUAGUUCUUAUGUGAAGGGUUAUUAUCGCAGGGCAUCUGCACAUAUGGCAUUAGGUCAGUAUAAGGAGGCAUUAGCAGACUACGAAACUGUUAUUCGAGUUGCACCUAGUGACAAAAUGGCUCGUGAGAAGUUGACUGAAUGCCGGAAAAUAAUUCGUCGCAAAGCAUUUGAAAAAGCCAUUGCAGUAGAAGAUCAGCCGUCCCCAUUAGAAUCUUUUGAUCUGUCAACAAUUACCGUAGAAUCUAGUUACGAUGGUCCGCACUUAGAACAAGAUAGCAAUGGAAAAUACUUUGUCACGGAGUCGUUUAUGUUGGCUUUAAUGGAGCACUACAAAUCUCAGAAAGUAUUACACAAGAAAUAUGCCAUUAUAAUAAUGAAAGAUAUUUUCUUAUUUCUUCGCGGUUUACCAAGUUUGGUAGACAUUAAAGUCCCAGAACAGUCUAAGUUUACUGUUUGUGGGGAUAUACACGGUCAGUUCUACGAUCUUAUGAACAUAUUCAAAAUUAACGGGCUUCCGAGCAAAGAUAAUCCUUACCUUCUCUAUCCAGACAAGUUUUAUCUUUCCAGAGGUAACCAUGAAUCCGAACACAUGAACAGACUUUAUGGCUUUGAAGGUGAGGUAAAGUCAAAAUAUUCUUCUGAAGUGGCCAAUAUGUUCACGGAUAUAUUCAACUGGUUACCUCUAUGCCAUCUGAUUAAUGAAAGAAUUCUGGUUAUGCAUGGUGGAUUGUUCGAACGCGAUAAUGUUACAUUAGAUGAAAUAAAAAAGGUGUCUCGAAAUCGUCAACCUGACGAAGGCACUAUAAUGUGUGAAUUGCUAUGGUCUGACCCAAUGGAGACUGAAGGUCGAGCCCAUUCUAAACGUGGAGUCGGUUGUCAAUUUGGUCCUGAUGUCACUGAAAAGUUCUGUAAGCAAAAUGGUCUAGACUAUAUUAUUAGAAGUCAUGAAGUGAAAGAUGAAGGUUACGAAGUUGCUCACAACGGUCGCUGUAUUACUGUUUUCUCAGCUCCUAAUUACUGUGACACAAUGCAUAAUCGAGGAGCUUUUAUUACAUUGAUAGGUAGUAAUAAACCCGGUGAAAUGUCUCCAAUGUUUACCAGCUUUACAGCAGUAGCUCAUCCAGAUGUGCGCCCAAUGGCUUACGUAAAUCCAUUACUUUCCAUGUUUAUGUGA